AUGACCGACAGGGUCCGACGCAACGGCCAGCUUUCCUCGUGUGAGCCAUGCCGCAGGUCCAAACUCCGAUGCGAUCAUGGUCGACCAGUUUGUGGGAGGUGUGCCCGCCGCCGCCUGUCGGAGCAGCAAUGCCAUUACCACCCAGCCCCGAUGGCGAAACAGCUCACGCCCCAAAGUGACAGGGAGAUGCGCCACCAACAGCACGUUCCCAGGUCUAUCGCAACAGUCUCAACCCCUCCGACAGAAGGCUCUCGCCCUUACGAACUCAUCAAUAUGAACAGGAACUUGAUGUCCUUUGCGGACGCAAAUACUCCCCACCCGCACCGCUCGUAUACAUCACUGACGAGGACUGGUGUAGCCCUACCUCAGCCUUCUCUACCGGAUCAACAAACAAUUUUUGAAGGAGCAAAACUAUUGAAUAAUAUCCUGGAACUUGUCAUCGAACUUGGUGAACCCUUUGAAAGCUUCUCGAUUCUUGAGACCGAGUUAUGUGUUCAUGGACCUCUUAUCCAGGCUGCGUGGAACGCAACGAACAAUAGCAUACGAAGUUUGUUAAGAGAUCGCUCUGCCCUAAACCUGGAAUCGAUAUCCCAAGCGAUAUUCGAGCGAACCUCUUCGCCCCCUGUCUUUCCUCCCGAUGCAGCUGCUGGCGCGUUGGAAUCAGCAUUCUCUACGCAGGCUUUACGCUGGGAGAUGAUUGGCAUAUACUGUGCCCAAAUCGGAAUUUACCUUGGUGGAGAACAUGACAAGUCAUUCAGCUUGGCUGCCCAUGAAACAUGGAAAUCGGAUCGCAAAACAUUAAUGCAAAGGGCUUUUCGAGCUUGCAUCCAGUGCGAAUCGGUUUGCGACCAUCUUGGCGCUACUAACGAUCUUACGUUAUGGUUCUUAAUGCUAACUAUCCUGUUCGCCACAUGGUGCUUUGGUGACGACUCCUACCAUGUGUUACGGCUCGUAGGUAGCAUGUCAUCCGUCUUUUUUGCCUUGGGUUUCCAUAGAGGUGUCCAGAACGAUCCUGAUAUGCCAUUAUAUCUGGCCGAGAUUCGGAAAAGAGCGAUCGCUUGGGCACAUGAUCAUGACAAGGUGUGCGCCAGUUUCACGUCGCGACCUGUUCGUCUUAGUCGCCACUUUUGCGUGAUCGAUUUGCCCCUUGAUCUAGCAGACUCUGCUAUUAUGGGUACAGCAGAAACGCUCCUGAGAGCUCGUGAGAACUUAGGUGCAGAUGGCUGGAGUAAAGAUAAGGUCAUACAUUCGGUUUCCGGCCAGCGGGGAUCACUGAUGUUGUGUAUGAUUCGUGAAGAGGCCCUAGAGCUGAAACUAGGGCCUGCAGCGCCAGACCUUGAGGCAAAGGCUGAAUGCAUCUUACGAAAAUUAAAGUCGACCUGGCAGUCAUUUCCAUCACAUAUGAAAUACGAUGCAGCGCAACAGUGGGCAAGUCAAACUAAAACUGCCAUGAUCCUACUGGGCCUGCGACUGGAAUAUCUUUACACAGAGUUCCUUCUACACACUCUGCUUGCCAGCUCCAGCGAAAUCAAUCGCGAACGGCUGAUAUUAACUGCACACGAGAUUGUCAAUAUUGUCCUCCUAACAACGCGGAAAAGGGAUCUACUGCACAGUCAUAGGGCAGACAUCGAAUGGAUUCUAGUUUUCUAUGCUAUGCCUUGCGCAAGCGUUCUGGUCUUGGAGCUUCUGCGACAAAAUCAACAUCCUGCUGAGCAACUAUCUAUCAAUCGAAGCGGCAUAAUCCAAGAUAUCAGCGUUUUGAUCUCAUGCUGCGACUUAUGGACAGAAUCUGGGCAGAGUAACUAUCAAAUCUGCAAACAAGCCCAGUCGAUCUUUUCCAAAAGCCUUGAUUCUAUCCUAAACCGGACCGAGCCUACUCAGAGGAACAGGUCUGAAGAGCUGAUGGUGCGUCAACACGAGCAUCAUCACGAGCAAAUUGGUUCUAUGAGCCCCGAGAUCUCCAAUGUAGUUGCCCAAGAUCCCGAGUGGAUGGCGUGGCUCGACUCAUUAGGCUUACAAGGAGACCCGUGGCUAGAGUCAAGCAUUCCGACUCUAGAUUUUCCAUGA